UUCCAAGCUUUGCAUCAAUCUCUUUCAUACCGUCACACUCUCCACCACAUCGCUCCUGAGCUCUUUCCUGAUAACUCAUGUAUUUUCUGUCCUCCAGCCGCAGAUACCCUCUUCCAUUUAUUGUUCUCCUGCCCACUUGAAUGGCUCGUUUGGAUCUGUGUAUGGCAAGAUCUUUUCCUAUUUACACCUACCCCAGUACAAAUCCACCGAGCCAUCUUCUCUCUAUACUUCCCAUCCAAUCCUUCUCCUACUUCCAGUCGCUUGAUCAUUGCCUGUAUCUUACAAGGCGUAUGGUGCGCCCAUUGGCGCCAUGUCUUUGACAGUAUGCCUUUUGUUCCCGACAAUAUUUGCACCUCUAUCCACCGAUUAUUACAUAAGCUUAUACAGGGUCUAAGGCUAAACCCCGACCCGCCAUAA